AUGGCUCAAAGACCCAAACUCACCCUCUUCGUGGACAUUGUCAGUCCAUUCGCCUACAUGGCCUUCCACGUCCUCCAGCGCUCCCAAGCCUUCAAACAAGUAGAGAUAACCUACAUCCCAAUCUUCCUGGGCGGUGUCAUGAAAGCAUGCAAUAACCGUCCUCCCAUCUCUAUCACAAACAAAGCAGCAUACAUCGAAUCCGACCGCAAGCGCUGGUCCAAAUACGCCAAUAUUCCCAUGGGCGAUCACAUGCCCAAAGACUUUCCUCCCAUGACAUUGCAUGUAAUGAGGGCAUUGGCAGUGGUAGAGCAGCAACAACCAGAAAAACUUCAAGACUCGAUUGCGGUUUUGUACAAAGGCAUGUGGGUAGAUGGAAAAACUGUCCACAAACCAGAAGUCUUUGAAGCUGUAUUGGCGGAGGUGUUGGGUAAAGAGGGUGCGAAGAGUGUGGUUGAGCAGAGUACAAAGCCAGAGGCAAAGGCAAAGUUGCAGGCGAAUACCGAUCUUGCUUUCAAAGAGGGCGCAUUCGGCUUACCGUGGUUUGUGGCGACCAACAAGGAAGGUGUGACAGAGAAGUACUGGGGCUUUGAUCAUCUGGGACAGGUGGUUGAGCACUUGGGAUUGGAUAGAGGUCAAGCCAAGGAGUUGAGGGCUAUGCUGUAA